AUGGAGAAGUACACAGAAUCACCGUCUACCUUGCAAGUAGAGCAUUCCUCCCUUCAAGUAGAGAAUCUGAUUCUGCCACCAGAAAUAGAGCAUCUGACUGAAGAGAACCCUGAUCUGAGGGGCCAAGUCAUGCCAACCCUGACCACCCCAAUGAUAUCUGUAACGUGUUUACUUGAACAUCUUUCUCAGUUCCACAGUGACCCUGCCAGUAUCUCAGGAUUUCCUGCACGGUUGACAACUCUCAAGUUCUCCAAUCCUGCAGAUGAUGUCCAAAUCAAGUUCUUUUUUGACUACCUUUCUCAGCAGAUGGAAGGUUGUGGAGUCAUAUCCGGGCCUGACCAGAACACUCUGCUAAAACAGUAUGAGAAGUUUGUUCUUGAAUUCCAGCAAUCAUUUGGUGAGCCUAUAAAACAGGAAAUAGACCCUCUGAACAAAGAGGAUAACUCCUCUUCUCAGCAGGAUGCUUCUACUUUCCAGCUCCUUGCUCAAAAUUUGAUCUGUAAUGAAGCCAAUCAGAAUGAUCACUUACAAGAAGGACUAGCUGAUUCCAUCCACAAUGAAGUGAGUGGCACAGAUAUGAUGAACAACCUUCCAGACCUGAUCACUCAGUGUAUUCAGUUGGACAAGAAACGUAAUGACAGGCCAGAGCUUCUUCAGUCAGAGACCCAGUUCCCAAUGUUGGCUUCCCUGAUCCACCACCAAGCCUUUUCCAGCCCCACAAAUCUGCCACCCAAGGAAGAACCUAUACAGUUGCGUGGAAGCCAGCCACCUCUCACCCCAGCCAAACGAGCCCGCCAGCAAGAACCUCAGUUGUGCCUCUACUGCAGCCAGGCAGGUCACUUUACAAGAGAUUGCCUCGCCAAACGUUCUCGAGCCCCAGCAAGGAUAAAUAACUCAACUCACCAGUAA